UGGUGGAGUUCUCCACAGGCAUAUGGAGCUGUUUUGAUCAUGCAUUGAUUUGCAUUUCGUUUUAUAUCUCAACUCGGCUACUCACUUGUUUCAAAACGUCUAUGGAAACUUUCUAAGUAGAGUGCGACUGUUGUUGAUUACAUAUAUUUUUUUUUCUCAACGAUGUGCUCUCUGCUGCAUGAAUAAUAUUGAUAUCUAUCAGAAAAUGCUGCUCAUCCUGCUCGCAGUGCUCAUCUUGCACCUCAUCAUCCUGGUCUUACUGUUUGUCUCAACAAUUGCCAAUGCUUGGACUGUAGGAGGAACCAAGAAUACUGACCUGUGGUACAGCUGUCUCACUACUAAAGGAGGAUAUCACUGCAGUUCUGCCAGCAAUGAAGACUGGAUCCAGGCGGUUCAGGCCCUCAUGGUCCUGUCAGUGCUGUUCUGCCUCUUCUCUCUGGUCUUCUUCAUGUGUCAGCUCUUCACCCUGGUCAAAGGAGGACGCUUCUUCUUCACCGCCGUCUUCCAGAUCCUCGCCAGUCUGUUUGUGAUGUGUGGAGCUAUAAUCUACACAGUAAUGCGUCCAGAUGGGGAGGAGGAUGCUGCGUUUGGCUUUGCCUACAUCCUGGCCUGGGUGUCCUUCCCUCUGUGUCUGGUCAGUGGCCUCAUCUACAUCGUACUGAGGAAGAGGGAAUGAGAGAGGGAGGGAGGCUGAGGUUAAGACCUCACACCACCACCAGCAGAACACAGCACUGUGCCACAGGGUUGGGGUCAAUUCCAUUUCAAUUCCAGUCAAUUCAGGAAGAACACUAACAUUCCAGUUCUCUUCAAUGCUUCUUAAUGAGGUUAACUUUCUGAAUUGAUAGAAAUCCAAAUGGAAUUGACCCCAACCAUGCUGUGCCCACUGACCACCAGAGGAGGCUGGUGAGGGGAGGAUAAAUGGCUCACAUAGUGUUUGUUUUCCAUCAAAUACUUUGAGCAUUCGAGUAGAUUGAGUGUUUUCACUUUUGGGAUUAUUCCAUUAGUUUCAUUGUGCCAGGCAAGCUCCAUCAAGCCCAGCUAAGGCAUUUGUAAGAAAACAAAUCAUAUUUGAACCCAAGUCUACAUUAUACAUACCAAUCACAGGUGGUCAUGACUAAAGCGGAAUCACUGGAAUGGUUUCAAAUACAUCAAACACAUGGAAACCAUACAAUAUGCGCAGUUCCAUCUUUUAUUAUGAGCCGUCCUCCCCUCAGCAGCCCCCACUGACAGCCAUGUGUGAGUAAACUACAGAGGAGAACAGACAGUCCAUGUUACAGUGUAAAGAUGUACAUAGUGUCUAUGGUUUUAGACAUAUUUAUAACAUUUUUUACAUGACCUUUUGUACAUAGUGUUGA